AUGGUCCGAACACCUCCUUGGGAAGAUCAAAUACCGUUCAAGACACAAACUUCCAGCAAGAUCCGGCCGUCCAGCGAACAUACCGUCGGCAUGGCGGUGACUCUGAACCCCCUUGCUCGUUCAUCCCGGCGGAAGACUGCACCCCAGACAGGCGAUUCAGCCUUCAACGAUGCCAUUGUGCUCCGUGAUGUUACUACUGAUUCCUUCUCUGCCAAUACUCAGCGCACCUACCCCUCUUCCUUGACCGUCGUGGACUCUCCGAAUGCCGAAGCAUCGAUGCUGUCGCUGGCGCUGUCCGCGAUGCCACCCCUCACGCGCUCGCCGUCCCUCUUCCACUCCGACGAAUCGUGCCCCCUCCACUCCGACGAAUCCAUCCAUCACCCGCCACCAAGUAGCACUUACUCCUCUUCCCCGGAAGAUUCAAACACCGACAGUGAUCUCCGCGCUUCAGACAGCAAUUCAACUCUCUUCGAGGCCCCGCCCCCCCAGAGUUCCACCUUCUUUCGUCAUCCGCUGUUCCUACAGUGGCUCGAGGACCAGCCGGCUCGCAGGGAGGGGGAGAGGCUUUGGGCGGCAAAAGAAGAUGAUCUACUACAGCCGAUGCUGGCUAAACUACGUGCCGUGGGUGGUGGACGGGAACGCGUCGAGGAGUUGGAGCAGCGCAGGAGGGAUAGGUACAUCGAGGAGCUCCGGGCUGCGGCAGUAUUGGAGGUGGGAGAGGAGAUUGUGGACUUUGUUCACCGGGGGUCACACCGGCCAGCCGGACGCACUACUCACAGCCGUGGUGAAGAUUGUGAUGAUUACGGUGAAGAGGAACUUCAGACUGAAGAGAUGGGUAUGGUGAAGCAGAAGGCGAGUGAUCACUCGGCUCUUCCCGAUGAGCAGAAUCCAUUUGAGAGUGAAGAAAUAGCAGUGAUGAACGAGGGCCGUAGCCCGAUCGUAGGGGAAGACUGCAUUCCGUUGUGGUCUCACAUCCAAACUCUGCGUGCUAGUCUCAUCGCCGACGAGGAAGCGGAGGAGGUGAAGGCACGACAUAAACUGCACCGCAACUUCUGCUUGUUCGAAUCGCCAGAUCAGCGAUUUGGGUCGCCGCCUAGCACGGUUAGGAGCACAGAUUCAACUUCUCCUGAAAUUAGCCUUGAAGGCUUGGAGUCUGUACCUCGAUCGGACCGAUUGGACCCGUCUUCUGCUGUCGACCCUGCAAAUAGAAGGGGGCUCUACACGCUUGCCAACCGCCGCUUUACGAAGUUGUCGACCCCUUCCUAUCCCACUCGGUCCGAACGUCGCCAAAGUAUCCUGGGUCAGAGCGCUACCUAUCCCACUCAGUCCGAACGUCGUCGGAGUAUCUUAAGUCAGAACACCUUCAAUCCCCCUCAGCCCGAACGUCGCCGGAGUACCCUAGGUCGGGGUGCUUUCAAUCCGAGCCGCAACCUAACCGCACCCCCCGUCUCCUGGUACGACAUCUUCGGCGACAGGUGGAGUGCCAACACACCGCCGCCGCCUCGCUACACACCGAUGCCAUCCACGUCACCGCCGUCCCCCAUGGGUGUAUCCAGCACUUCACCGCACGAUCUCCAGCCUCGCGGCCUGCCGCCGCCUUCAAUCCCACCCAACGACAUCAACCGCAACCCCCGCAAUCCCUUCGCCGACCCAACUCGACCCCUGCGGUACCGCCAGGUCGAUCCUGCGGCGGCGGCAGUUCUUCCGACCAAUCCCUUCACCGACAGCCGCUACCCGAUUCCCGCCCCACCCCCCACCCGCGAAAACAACACCGUCUUCAUUCCGCGGGCUCCGCUGAUCGACCUGAUCCCCGACCGACCCCCGGAGCCGGAACCGGAGCACGCCUCGUCGUCCACGCGUAUCCAUGGCAAGCUCUCCUCGCUGUUCCGCAAGAGUGCUGGCGAUGGCAAGAGUUCCCACCACAGCAAGGAGAAUAGCUGUCCGUCGCUCCCUCACCGCCACCGCUCCCACGGCCGCCACGACAGUCAGGACAGGAUGGAGACGCUAGAGACGCUAGAGGAGGCGCUGGUCAGGACUGUGAGCUACGAUGCGGCCGCGGCACAGAAGGGAAAGAAGUCGCGCAGUGGAACCGCGCUGCUGGAUAGGGCGAAGUCGAUGAGGAAGCCGUGGAAGAAGGCGAAGUAA